AUUCUCUAUCUCUCUUAUCGCUGCCAUUGAUAAAAUGAAAAUUGGGUGAUAAAUUAGCGGCGGGAAAAAAAAUUGGGCGGGAAACCAAACCCUCAACCAAAACUCAACAUAUGGUCACUUAAGAUUCCUCAAUCAUCCGCACAAUAUUUCACUCUCUCUCUGAGUGAUGAAAAAUACCAGGGAAAUUCCUCUGUUUUCCCACCCACACAGACACACGUUGCCGGUGUGGAAUUUAUCGAUUUCAUCCAUCCUUCUGUACUGUGUGCAUAUCGACUGACAAACUCCAUUACUUGUUGCGCAGGUUUCAUCAAAAGCAUCUCCUCUCUUAUCACAAAAUUUUCUCCCCCCUUUAGAAAAAAGCUCACACGAGCGACGAAAAGAGAUGUGCAGCGUCUGUAACGGCAGAGAGAGAGUGAGAUAUCUCCAUCUGACCGAGUCUCCCCCAAUUUUCGCCUUCAUCUCUCAGACUCAUUGGGAGUGUUUUUAGUGAAUCGAGCAACACGCAAUUCCCAUUUUGCUCCUCAAGUUGCAACUCAAAUUUGUGCAAAUACAGUGAAAUUUAUCGAUAUUUUUCACAUGUAAUUGUGGUUCUAUUUAGUCUUUACAAAAUUAAAAACGCAAUGGAGGAAAUUGGAGCAUCGAAUUUAGGUCACUUCAACUCUCUCUACCUCGGCACACUCCUCGUGGGCCUCCUUCUAGUGAUCCUCGUGGGCGGCUGGAUUGGUUCCCACCUCGGCGGCCUGGCGUGGCACAGCAAUCCCGCCGUGCAGUUCAACUGGCAUCCACUCCUCAUGACCAUCGGCAUGAUUUUCCUCUACGGCAACGCCAUUCUCAUCUACCGUGGCUUUCGCAUGACGAAGAAGCGCAACCUGAAGAUCACUCAUGCCACUCUGCACGGUCUGGCCUUCCUGGCCACCGUUCUAGGGCUCAAAGCCGUCUUCGAUUCACACGAUCUCGCCUCACCGCCCAUCCCGAAUCUCUACUCCAUGCACUCCUGGCUAGGAUUGCUGGCCGUCAUUCUGUUCUCUGCUCAGUACCUGGUGGGUUUCAUCUCAUUCCUCGCUCCUGGCCUCAGUCAACCACUGCGGGAGAAGAUUAUGCCCUAUCACGUCCUCUUCGGCCUCUAUGGCUUCGUUGCGGCCGCCGCCACGGCUCUCCUUGGCUUCUCCGAGAAGAUCUUCUUCACCCUGAAGAGUGACUACGCCAAUCUUCCCGCCCAAGGCAUCCUUGUCAACUUCAUCGCUCUCUUUGUCAUCCUCUUCGCCGGUCUGGUGGUCUAUCUCGCCACUGAGAGUCGCUACAAGCGACAGGCUCUGCCCGAGGAUGCCAUCUUGCUCACUGGCCAGACUGACUGAACGCCAGAAGUCACAAAUCUAUCCUCAAAAAGCUUUCUCUUUGCCAUGCUAUAGCCAAGACUUGAUGUAAUAUACACAUAUACAAAGUUAAAUAAAUGGAUGGAUACUUAAUUAACUACAAUAGCUGGCAUUUUCUUCGCCUUUUUGGUAUAUCUUUUAGCCAAAAUGAUAAGACUUUCCACUAACUUUACUUGCAAUUUCCGUCACUUUAAUGCGUUUAAAACAACAUUAAUAUUACGAUAAGAAGUUCAAAGAAAUAAACACAGAUUUCAAAGAAUACUUUUAUCAGUCUUACAACCAAAUAUCUCUCAAUAUCCACUAAAUAAAUUACCCAUAAUGAUAAACCUUCACUUUUUACAACCAACAUUAAAGAAACUUUGACAAUUUAUAUGUCACAAAAGGUAAGAUAUAUUCGUCUGUCUUGUUGCUAUUUUCUUCUUUUUUCAUUGUGACUCAUCAUAAUAGUAAAA